GGUACUAAGGAUCAAACUCGUGACCUCGCAUUUUCCAGGCAGGUACUUAUGAGUUAAACUCCCAGCCCUUGUGCAUGUCUUUGCUAACUGGGUUACUAUAUAUUUUACUGCUGAGCUUUGAGUGUUCUUUGUAUAGCCUAGAUAUGAGUCCUUUUAAAAAUAUGGCAUGUAUAUGUACUUGCCAGUAUGCAGCUUGUUCAUUCUCUUUACAGGAACUUUUUGCAGAACAAAAUACUUAAUUCUGAUAAGCAUCAGUUUACUGUUUUUUGCUUGGUUUUAACGGAUUGUGCUCUUUGUGUCACAUUCACUUAGGCCUAUGUCCUAAAGAUUUUUCUUGUUUCCUAAAAGUUUUAAAUUGUAAUUCAUUUUUAACCGUCUUCAGAAUUUCUAUGUCUUAUUGCUAAUCUGCUAGGUGUUGAUUAAGUACUUGAUGUCCGGUAAGUGUACAGAUGGACUAUCAGGCAUAGUUCCUUCCCUGCAGAGCUCACAGAUCAAUGGGGUUGCCAUGUAGACAUUACCAUGUGUUAAGUACUUACUAGUGAUGUGAGGUGGGGCUUCUCAUCAGAGCAGCUUCUUUUGGUCCAAGUAGUCAAAGAGGGCUUCCUUGGCCUAUUGCCCUCGAAUGGUAAGAACAGAUUGUUUUUUGCCUUUGAUCUAAUUUUUGGAUAUCUUUAUCAUCAAGAGACCUUUCAGUGUGAAUUACUGUAAUUCUUGAGCAUAUGCAGAAGGACCUGAGCUUAAUGUAGUGUUGAAGACUUUUUGAAUAUACAUGGCAUGAGAGCUUAAAACACAUUUGAAAAAUACGGUGCUUAAAAGUCAGUAAUAUAAAGAGUGUGAAUGAAGUUGGAUGGAUUGAGUUAAAACAUAUGUUAAAUGAAAAAGGAGGUAGAAUUUUGAAUUAAGACCAGAAGAUUUGAGGACCGGGGAUAUAGCUCAGUGGUACAAACACCUGCCUGGCAAGCACAAGGUCCUGAGUUCAAUUCCCAGUACCAAAAAAACAAGACAAAACAAAACAUUAGAAAAGAGCAAUAGAUUUGAUUGGCUUCCUGGCUUUGCCACUUCCUUGCUGUGUGACCUCUGAGAAUUUUAACUGCUGGAGCCUCAUGAGUAAAAUAGGGACAAUAAUAGUUCUUACAUCAUGGAGUUACGUGAGGGUAAAAUAAAACAAUGCAUUAUAAUGCUUAGCACAGCACUGUGUAUAUUUAAAGCCUUCGUUAAUGCCUACCAUUAUUAAACCUACAGGAAGUAGAUCAUUUUAUAAGGUUAUAUUUAUUCUCAUAUAUCUUUUCUCUGAGGAACUAGAAUCUUAGUUCUUACUUUUGAAGCUAACUAUUUUAUAGCCACAGCACUGUAUAGUGUACCAAAUAUUAUUUACUGAAUGAGAUUAGAAACUAGAGUUAUGUAUUUACCAUUUAGUACUGCCUAUAACUUUUGCCACCUAAAAAACUAAGAUUUUCUGAGUAGAAGAUUUUCUUUCUACUUGUGGCUACAGAGUGGUGGCAGGAGGUUGAUUUGCCCCUCUGAUGCUAGAUUAGAGUAAAUCUUGCUUGUUAUUCUAGAUACAGCAAGUUGGAGCUUAUGUCACCAGCACAUAUUCUAAACUGAAACUCCACUUCCUUUUUUCCAGUGACCAAAUUGUUCUUCAGAGGAAACUGAUGGACCCUUAGAUGUAUAAUACUAGGGCAGUACCAGCACAGGUGAGCAUCAGAGUCACCUGGAGAGCUUACUAACACAGGGCGCUGUGCUCAGUCCUGGUAACUGCAUUUCUAUUGUUUCCAAGUCAUAAUGCUGUUGGUCCUCAGACCAUACUUUGAGAACCACUGUUUAAGGGCACUCUUUAAAUUAGACCUAGAUUGAGGUCCUUAUCCUGUAGAACUGCGGCUGUUCAUCUGUAAAUGACUGAGUUUGAAACAGAUUGUUUCUAAGGUGAUUAGUUGCUGUAUGUCACUCUGUUCUCUCUUCUAGUUACUCUUCUCCUGUGCGUCACUCAGCUGGUUCUUUCCCACUCUCAGUUAUCUCUCACUGCUUGGAAGAUAGGCUAAGACUGGUCUGGGCUACCACAGAAAAGCCAUAUUGUCUGGGCUCUGCCUGCUGUCUGCUACAGCCCUGGCAGUUCCAUCCAGAUUCUAGAAGACCCAAACUGUUUUUUCCCGGACUUUCAGCUCUAUUCUGGGAGGCAUGAAGCAUCUGCUUUGACUGUGGAGGCAAACGGUAACCUCAGGGAAAAAGUUGUUGAGGAUCCUCUUUGUAACUUCCUCACCCUGAACUUCCCGAGGAUCUCAGAGGUGGAGAUGAGAGGUUCCGAGGAUGCGGCAGCUGGAACAGUAUUACAGCGGCUGAUCCAGGAGCAACUGCGGUAUGGCACCCCAACUGAGAACAUGAACUUGCUGGCCAUUCAGCACCAGGCCACAGGGAGUGCAGGACCAGCCCACCCUACCAACAACUUUUCUUCCACGGAAAACCUCACUCAAGAAGACCCACAAAUGGUCUACCAGUCAGCACGCCAGGAGCCGCAGGGUCAGGAACACCAGGUGGACAACACGGUGAUGGAGAAACAGGUCCGCUCCACGCAGCCACAGCAGAACAAUGAGGAGCUGCCUACUUACGAGGAGGCCAAGGCUCAGUCACAGUUUUUCAGGGGGCAGCAGCAGCAGCAGCAGCAGGGGCCCGCAGGCCACAGUUACUACAUGGCUGGCGGCACCACUCAGAAGUCUCGCACGGAGGGGAGACCCACGGUGAGCCGUGCCAACAGUGGACAGGCACAUAAGGAUGAGGCGCUGAAAGAACUGAAGCAGGGCCAUGUCCGCUCCCUCAGCGAAAGGAUCAUGCAGCUGUCACUGGAGAGGAACGGUGCUAAGCAACACCUCCCUGGCUCAGGGAAUGGAAAGGGAUUCAAAGCAGGAGGGGGACCCUCACAAGCCCAGCCUGCUGGCAAGGUCCUGGACCCUCGGGGUCCUCCACCUGAGUACCCAUUCAAGACCAAGCAAAUAAUGUCUCCAGUCAGCAAGAACCAAGAUCAUGGACUUUUUUACAGUGACCAGCACCCUGGGAUGCUCCACGAGAUGGUCAAGCCUUACUCUGCUCCUCAACCUGCAAGAACAGAAGUGGCUGUCCUGAGGUACCAGCCACCCCCAGAGUAUGGGGUUACCAGCCGCCCAUGCCAACUUCCGUUCCCGUCUACAGUGCAGCAGCACAGCCCCAUGUCCUCGCAGACCUCCUCCGUCAGCGGGCCACUGCACUCUGUUUCCUUGCCACUUCCAGUUCCAAUGACUCUGGCUGCUCCACAGCCCCCUCCUGCUGCCUCCCCUAACCAGCAGCUUGGUCCGGAUGCCUUCGCGAUUGUAGAGCGAGCCCAGCAAAUGGUGGAGAUCCUAACAGAGGAGAACCGGGCGCUUCACCAGGAGCUGCAGGGCUACUAUGACAAUGCUGACAAGCUCCACAAGUUCGAAAAAGAACUUCAGAGAAUUUCAGAAGCGUAUGAGAGUCUGGUCAAGUCCACCACCAAGCGUGAGUCGCUGGACAAGGCAAUGAGAAACAAACUGGAAGGCGAGAUCAGAAGGCUUCAUGAUUUCAACCGAGACCUCCGAGAUCGACUAGAGACAGCCAACAGACAGCUGUGCAGCAGGGAAUACGAGGGACAGGAAGAUGAGGCUGCAGAUGGUCACUUUGCUUCCCAGAACAAAGAAUUCUUGAAGGAAAAGGAGAAAUUAGAAAUGGAGUUAGCAGCAGUGCGAACUGCAAGUGAGGAUCAUCGGAGACACAUUGAGAUCCUGGACCAGGCUUUGAGCAACGCCCAGGCCAGAGUCAUCAAGCUGGAAGAGGAGCUACGAGAGAAGCAAGCCUAUGUGGAGAAAGUGGAGAAGCUGCAGCAGGCUCUGACACAGCUGCAGUCUGCGUGUGAGAAGCGAGAGCAGAUGGAGCGCAGGCUGCGGACCUGGCUGGAGAGAGAGCUGGAUGCGCUGAGGACCCAGCAGAAACAUGGAAAUGGCCAUCAAGCUGGCAUGCCAGAAUACAGUGCUCCGGCCCUCAUGGAACUUGUACGGGAGAAGGAAGAACGGAUCUUGGCCCUGGAGGCUGACAUGACCAAGUGGGAGCAGAAAUACUUGGAGGAGAGCACCAUCCGACACUUCGCCAUGAAUGCUGCAGCCACUGCUGCAGCUGAGAGGGACACCACAAUCAUCAACCACUCGAGGAAUGGCAGCUACGGGGAGAGCUCGCUGGAGGCCCACAUCUGGCAGGACGAGGAGGAGGUGGUGCAGGCCAACAGGAGGUGUCAGGACAUGGAGUACACUAUAAAAAACCUACAUGCCAAAAUCAUAGAGAAGGAUGCCAUGAUUAAAGUGCUUCAGCAGCGAUCUCGUAAGGAUGCUGGGAAGACAGACUCCUCCAGCCUGCGUCCAGCACGUUCCGUCCCAUCCAUUGCAGCAGCCACUGGGACACACUCCCGCCAGACCUCGCUUACCAGCAGCCAGCUGGCCGAGGAGAAGAAGGAAGAGAAGACCUGGAAGGGCAGCAUAGGGUUACUACUGGGGAAAGAUCACCAUGAACAUGCUUCUGCCCCACUGCUGCCAACCCCACCUGCCUCUGCACUGUCCCCUGUGGCCUCUACCACAUCCGCCAACAGCGCCCACGCUAAGACGGGCAGCAAGGACAGCAGCACCCAGACAGACAAGAGCACCGAACUCUUCUGGCCCAGUAUGGCUUCUCUCCCCAGCCGCAGCAGGCUGAGCACAACCCCUUCCAACAGCCCCGUCCUGAAGCACCCAGCAGCCAAAGGGACCACAGAGAAACUGGAGAACUCCCCCGGCCAUGGGAAGGCAGCGGACCACAGAGGCCGCGGCAGUAGCUUGCUGCACAAGCCUGAGUUCCCUGAUGGAGAGAUGAUGGAAGUUCUCAUCUAAAGCUGUCAUCCCUGUUAAUUUCAUAUGGCAGCACUGCAAAUCAGGAAAGUGGUAGAGAGGGAAAAGAAAGAUCAAGAAGGUUGCAGAUGGGAAACCAGGAAUGAUGCGAACUGAUAAAGAUUUCAGAGUAAUAAGAAUACUUUUCAUAAAUGUUAAAAGCAAAAAUAGGAGAACCUACAUGACUGAAGAGAAGAGAAUGCUAUGGAUUUUCUUACAUAUAGUGGAAAAGAAGAUACUUGUAGGUUUGGAAACAAGUUAAGAAGAAGUAGGAAAUGGAGUUUUUCAUUGUACAGAAGUUUAUCUCUUGGGGAGCCUUGGUGUACUCCCACUCUUUGGUUAUAAACAGAUAAACCUAGUCAUGUAUUUUCCUUGAAUAACCCUCGUUCUGCUUGCCUCUUAGCAUGUUUCAUUUAAAAAGAAUCUCCUGGGCAUCUCUAGAGCCUGUGUUGGCACAAUGCAGCAUCACCAUGCCCUUGUGGGUUCCUGUGGCUGUGGGUGUUGCACAGUGAGAAGAACCCCCCAGGAAUACAGGAAAAUUGCAGAGGCAAUAUUCACCUAAUUAUCUGCUCGGCUUGGGUUGUCAGGAGAUUAUGGGCUUAUUAGCUUCUCUGGAUUCGGCAGUAUUCUGAACAGGGUGAGAGCAUUAGGACCUUGGUCCUCAUCCUCACCAGCUUCUCUGAGUGUCUGUGCUUUGCUUUCUUUAAUUUUGCUUUUUCGUCACUCCUUCCUUUUUUCCAUUUUAAUAAGGGAUUGCGGAGUUCCUUAAGUAUGGGACUCACAAGAGCAGUGUCUGAACCGUCCUCUUUCCUGCUGUGUCUAAGAGGGGGAGUGGGAGAGCACCCUGCGGGCUUCCUGGCUGGCUUCUGGUUGGGCUGAAGUUGUUCCUCCCAUGCUGACUGCACUCUGGGGAAGCUGUCAUGAGGUGGAGGAUUCCGUGGGUCACUGUCACACUUACAAUCAAGAUCAUGGCACUAAUUCUUUUCCUUUCACACAUCAGUUCUCUUGCAAAGAGCUUGCUAUUUCCAUUCCAUUGCUCCGUUAGGUUAAGACCUUUUAGACAAUGGAUGACAGUUUAUAAGCAGUGUCUUGUUAAAUUGCCCAGGAUGGCCUCAAACACAUAUGAUCCUCCUGCCUCAGCCUCCUAAAUAGCUGGGAUUAUACUUGUAGGUUACUGUGACCACUCAAAUCUGAGACUUUAAAAUAACUCUUAAAUGAAAUACUGAGGAGACAAUUACUCAGGAGACUUUGUUUGGGUGGCUUAUUUUAGGACUGGCCUUUGGACAGUGUCCUGGGUGAAGUUACAGUCUCUCCAGAUAGAGGAGGAAGAAGGAAGACAAGACGUGUGGACUGCAGAGGGGAGGGAGAAAAAUAGCUUUGGCCAGCAGGGCCCUACACCAUGUGGUAUGACACGAGUAAGUGGGAACUGACCCAUCUCGCGCAGCAGCUGUUCAGUAGGCACUGAGCUUUGUGCUUCCUUCUUGUUACCUCUAGUCUCAGACUGAGCACUAAACCUUCAUGUAUACAGAACAGGAAUCUGAGGCAGCACCAAGAGCCUCGUACUGGUAGCACGCCAUCCUCCAGGGUGUGGGAAGAGAGUACAAGAAGCCUCAUCAGUGGGUCAGAGUUGGUGAACCCACAGGGGAUGAGGUGAAGGAUCAUAUCCAGUCACUUUUCAUGGGGCAGGAGAGUGGUUCUCUUAAGUACAUUCUAAUCCCAAUUAAUGUUGUGGAUAGAUUGGAAAGGAAAUUGUUGAGAGACGGGAAAUGAAGUCAUCUCUGCUGUCCCCUCCACUUCCAUACCUGGGCCACCCCAAACUUGGGCCGUCUCCCUAGCAAUAGGUGAAAGCGAGCACCGGAGCCCAGUUUGUCCCAAGGCUUGGUCUGUGUACUCCAGACACUGCAUCUGCACACUCAGGCUCGAGCUUCAGUGUCUGUCGUAGGCCCCUGGAUUACCAAGCAUCUUCAUUGUUGGAAUGCAGACAGAAACAUGACCGUUCUCCAGGGCUUCGGCUCCAGUUACACUAUCACUUUUGUUGGUGUGUAUUCUCCUAAUCUGUAAGACUCCUCUGUCUGUAGCUUUCAGAUAUCUUCUGUUACAGGAGCUCACCUGCCAGGCGAGAGCCCCAAACCCUUUCGUCAUCACGGUUUCUCAGCCUAGCUUGCCUACAGGAAGUACUCACUGCAGGUGCUGGACACCCAUGCAGCUCUGGGCGGCCCACAGUCUUAAUCUCACUGAACUGGAGAAGAACAGUGUUAGCUAUACUGUACAGUGACUGUGUAGGCACUGUGAUGUGUACCUUUUGAUUAGUCUUUAAAGCACCUGGGGAGCAGGAGCAGGUUCAUUAUUCUAAUUGCAGGAAUCAGAAACUCAAGCUUGGGAAUGUUAAGUCCCUUUUCAAAGUCUCACAGCAAGAACCUAGGAUUUAAAACAGCUUUAGAGAGGAGCCUACACUACAGGAUACACGGCCUCAAACAAGACCUACUCCACUAUUUGGACUCUCUGACUGUGUGUACACACACACACACACACACACCAGCCGUACCUCUCAGAACCUAGGAAAUAGGAUGAAUCCCAGAACUCCUAAGAUUGUCCGCCAAUACCAGGCAGAUAUGGAAAGCUUUUUGUUCUAUUAUAUUACACUUACAAAACACAUCUUAAAAAAUAUUUCUGCAUUGUCCAAAGACCUGGUCUUCUUUAGAACUUCUCAGGGCCCUCUGACCAUAGACCUUGACUGCCUUGGGUAAAGGGUGAGUGCUUUGUCUUUGGGUAAAGGGUGCCAGAGUAUGUCAGCUUCAUCCAUGAGUAGACUGAUAAUACCAUCAUGCUGCCAGGGUUUUACCUGGGCUAUAAGAUGUAGUUGAUGUCAGGCCCAUAACCCUAGAGUUUCACUAAAUAGAUGGGUUUGUGUGUAAGAAUUCUUACCAUCUAUAGGUCCAUAUAGCUAAAGCUGCCAGGAAAUGUAUAUUAUUUUCCAAAAAUAUCUAUAUGUACAGAACACUUUUCUUAGCAUUCUUUGAAGUGUUCUGUCUGCUUUGCAGCAGCUGGUGGCCCUGGACAGUGGGGAGUUCACCGUGCUCUCACUGUGCCUGUAAGACAGGGCUACUCAUUCUUUCCCUAGCGGGGUUGGGAGGGCAAAGAACAGCACAGCCUUUCUCAUUUUGGUCGUGUGAGGGUUGCCCUUUGCAACGUAUGAUUUUGACUACAGAGCUGAAGUAGAUACCAAAAUAAUUGCUACAAAUAAAUUCUGAAGGUGGGAUAGAGAAUUCAGUGGGUCUGCUGGUCAGGGAAGAAGCUCUCCGAGUAUGCCCUGUCAAGAGGCAAGUUACAUCCCAUUUGCUGCUGCCUGAGUUGCCCUAAGUCUCGUGCACUCUGGUGAUGCUGUGGCUGAAGCACCUUCACGCCAAGCACAGGUAGAUCAAGGAAUUCUCCCCAGCAACCUGCUCAGUCCCUGUGGCCGAGCGAUGCCAGGGUCCAAGGAGACAGUAAAGAAGACAGGCGGUUUGAAAGAUCUUGAGGUAGGCACUCACAUGUAGACUGGAGAGAGCUAUCCCGAGGAGAGACAUGUUGUCCAAAACAAAGUUUUGCUCCAUGGUCUGCUGUGGAGCAAGCAUGUUCCACCCAUUGUAUGCUCCAUGAAUGGUCGUGCACACUCCUAAAGCAAGGGACUUCACAAAUGUCCUUAAGAGGCAAGGGCUUUAAGAAGCCAAAGAAUAUCCAGCCCAGCAGUUGUUUCUCCACAUCACUGAAACCUGGUUAUGGUAUAGGCUGUACAUAUGUGUACUUUUUUUUUAAUUCUUUUUUUCUUUUGCUUGCUAAUUAGUGUGUUUAAAAUAUCUCCAUUUGAUGUGAUGAUUAUUCAUUGUGUUGUUUCUGAUGUGCAGCUCCAUGGGAGAUGGGCAGAGGAGUUCAGAAGAUAGCAGAACCUGGUUGGUCAGCUGGGAGGAUGCAAAGAUCAGCAUUUCAGUAAAUGACUUUCUUCUUGAACAAAUAAGCGUGUUUUUCUCUCCCUUUAAAUAGUAAACCUUCUCAUUUAGUAAUUUACUGAUAUUUUGAGAUGUAUGGUGAAUGCAUACAUAUAAGGUAUAACUAAGGACUGUGAGUAAAAUUAAGAAAAUUUUGGAAACUUCUUUAUUAGAGUGGCCUUCAGGGCCUGGCAUAUUCCUUUGAUUUCCCCUGAAAGGUAAGAAAUCUUUAUCUUUCAAAGAUAGUCUUAUAGCCAGGUGUGGUGGCACAUACCUGUAUUCCCAGCACUCAGGAGCCAGAGGCAAAGAGAAUCACCAUAAGUCCAAGGCCAACCUGGGCUACAUAGUGAGUUCAAGGCCAGCCUGAAUUACAUAGUGAGACCCUGUCUCAAAAAACCAAAACAAUAAAAAAUAAAAAUGAUUUAAAUUUUGGAAGUAAUCCCAAAUUGUUCAUAGCACAAGGGAAAGAGUAAACAUGGUAAUUAAGGUAAUUCACAUCUUUUUUUUCCCCUUUAAGUAAAAUUCCUAAGAAAUUCUUUUAAAUGAGCUUGGACUCAGCCUUGCAAAGUGACAGUUAAAGGGACGACAGUACUCACUUGUAUUCACAACUUCUAGAAGUUUCACUUUUAAAAAUGUGUUCUUUUGCGUGCCCCGUGUGUGUUCCCAUCUCUGCAUACACUGCAGACAUAGCAGGGUAUUCAUGUGUAUGAACAUCUGGUAGAGGCUCUGUAAAACCAGCUUGUACUUCAGUGCACGUUGUUGUCAUGUAUCCUGUGACCAAGGUGUUUAUUUGUCGUGAAACCUUACUUCUUCACAGAAUGAAAAUACGGUCCUUAAUAUAAUGCAGGACAUCUACAGCAUUUCUUGUAUCAGCUUCCAAAGUUUUGAUGCCCAGUGUUGUGUUUACAUGUGAUUUUACCUAGGAUUCUCUUCUCAGAUGCCUGUAUUUAUUACAAAGCAAAUUGUAAGCAGAUUUAUCUGCAGUGGUUUUAUCUGACUCAAGAUGUUUUUCCCUUUUGAGGAGGGACAGCAAAGCCUCCUACUCUUUCCUCCUCCUCUUCCUCAAGGCACUUACAGAGUCUGUGUACAGUUCUGUAAGACAAGGGUGAGUGCAGGCACCCGGCCAAAACUCUGACAGCCCUCAAGCCAUUGCCCUUUCUGCCUGCUGUGUGUGUGCGUGUGUGUCACUGUAUGUGCUAGCCAUGUGCUGUGAAUUCUGGUAACUGGGUGUAACCUUUGGCGUCUUUGGAUUGCUGGUCUGUACUGAAUUGUGUACAGAGUUGUACAGCCAGAUGGGUCUGUGUACAGAGUGGGGAAGUCCAAGCACAUGGCGUGUCCCCCACAGCAAAUACAGAUUCUGUUGGUCGGCCAAAGAUUUUCCUAUUCUUUGCUGCUUAAACUUGUGCCUUACUAUUGUAUAUAAUAAAUGGAUAAAAUGGCCAA